GCACCGCGGGGCAAGCUUGCAGCAGCGGAGCGCGCGACACCCUUUGGCAGUGCCGGCGCCAGCGAGGGGGAGCAGGUCCUCAUCCUCAGCUCUCCCCAACCUGCUGCGGAGCACGAGCAUGGCCACGGAGACGGAGUGGAGCUGCCCCAUCUGCGGCGAUGCUCGAGAUGACGUCUCUUACGCGAUGCCCUGUCGCCACCAGUUCUGCCUGGGCUGCAUCCUGCGUUGGACAGAGGUGAAACCAGAGUGCCCACUCUGCAGAAGACCAGUAGAGAAUGUCAGGUUUUCUGUGCUGGGCGAAGACGACUAUCUACAGUGUGUUGUCGCACACCCCGAAGAGUCGCCAGAUGCCAGCAGGCAGGCGGGCAGCGCUCCCGGUCCCCUGCCCGAAAACAGCCCCCAUCACCCUGCGGCGUCCCCUCCGUCAUCUCCGCAGUGGAUACUGUCCCCGGCUGAGCCGGGGGCUGCAGAGCCGGAGGACGUGGGUGGCCUCCUGCCUGUGGUCUGGGCGUAUCUUUUCCAAAGACGACAGCACCUCCUCGAUCCCGUGCUGCCCUGGCUGCGCCAGGAGCUGGAGGCAAUAUAUGGGGCACGGUGGUGGGAGGCAAAGACUGCAGAGAACAGCAUCCUGCAUACCCUGUGCAUCCACGGUCCGGAUGAAGAGGUCAUGCUCCAGAUGCUGGAGCCUCUCCUUGGGCACUAUACAACAUUAGUGGUCUAUGGCAUCAUGGGUAUCAUUGAGGGUCAGUGCAGCGAGGAGGCCUGGAGGCUGCUGUGCCCCCAUGCUGCCGGGGAGGAAGGCAACAGCCCUGCGGCCGGCUCCAGCUCCUCCAGCUCCAGCUCCUCCAGCCCCAGCUCCUCCAGCCCCAGCUGCACCGGCUCCCAGGAGGGGACUCCCACCGCUCAGCCGAGCUCCUCCAGCAGCCCGUCAGGGGCAGAGCAGGAGCAGCCCCGGGAGGAGCCGGGGCAGGAGGCGGCGGCAGGUCCCUCUGCCCAGGCCGUCCGUGGCCCCCCACGCCCCUCCAUCGGCCAAGGGCGCCCAGAGCCCCAGGGCCAUGUCGGCAUGGGAAAUCCUGCUCCCGCAGGAAAUCCUGCUGCAGCCACUGAAAUGGAAGAGGUUCUGACAAAGCCCGAAAAGGAGGAGAAAAGGGAGAAAGGGAGGAGCAAAGGGAGGAGCCCAGAAGCGGCGACCAGCCCCGGAGAGUCCAGCGGCAGGGGCCUUGGCCCUCACGGCGGCCGCCCGUCUCAGCGGGAGAGCCGUCAGCAGCGGGUGCAGGGCCUUUGCGAAGGGGAACGUGCCAAAUAA